GGCUUCAAAAUCCAGAAUCAAUUAGUGUGGACUUUCAUCCAAGAUACUGAAGCAAUUGAAGGGUUGUCUCUCGUAUUUCUACUGAGCGCUCUUUGAAAAAUCAUGAAGGUUUUAAGACUCGGCAUAGCUCUGGUCUUGUUGGUCAUUCUAACUUGCAGUGUGACAGCCAAGAAACACAAGAUAAAAAACCAAAAGAAACAUGGGGAGAAGAAUACAACUCUACCACAGGAAAGCGUUUUAAGUGAGGCCAAAAACAAAAAGAACAAUAGGCUGAUGAAUGUGACUCUGGUGCAGGAAAACUUCUUAAGUGAUUCUGAAAGCGAGUUGGAACGCAAGCUCCUUGAACUGGCAGCGCAAGAAGAAAAUACUGAAGAAUGGCGUAGAAAGUUCAGAGAAAUGUCCAAGCAGUUGGCUGAAACCAUGGCAAACCAGGACAAGAAUGAUGAACAAUUCAAUAACCAGUCAUUAACUGAUCUCCAAGAUGCAGCUCCUAAAGACAAACUCAUUACUGCAGUCCGAACCAAGCUAACAGCAUUCAGCGGUCCACUGUCAUCUCGUGCUUCAGAUUCUUUAUCGAGUUUAGAUACAAAAUGGUACAGUCUCUCCGAUGAUAGCAAGCAAGGAGCCCUAGACACAUUAGGGGUUAUAUCCUCGAACAUUGAGGUAUUUGGAAAUGCUGAAGAAGACCCAGUAGGUGCAAUAAGGGGAGCGAUUGACAUCGUUGCCUCCAUAGCCAGUAACUUUGGACCAAAAGGUCAGCUUGCAAGUGUGGCUCUAGGCUUUGUCUCUGCUCUACUUGGCUUAUUUGGUAAAGGACCGAAACCGAAGCCUUUGGCUCAAGUUGUCAGAGAGCAGAUAGAUGAGGCUCUGGCGGAAUAUCGCGAGGAGGAACUAGUUAGAAGAAAAGAUGGUUUGAUAUCAGCAUUUCAACUCACUAAAGCGUACUUAGACGGAGCUUCAGAGUCGGGUAAACCCUUAAGUACAGAGGAAGUGCCUGUGGCAACAAAUGAAAUGGAAAGAUCACAAGGUGUGGCGUUUAUGGGAGAACUUGCCAGUGAAGUACGUAAGAUGUUCCGCGAUAACAAAGUAGCGGAUUCAAGAAAAGCCAUUAGAUAUUGUGAGAUGUACGCACAGCUAGCGGUAUUCCGUGACAUCAUCCUAACACAGUAUAUUGCCAUGUUACCGACCACUGAAACUUGGGAAAAUCACCUCAAUGGUGUAAUAUCYGAUCGAGCGUUGUUUAGAAGAUUAUCAGCAGUGUUACUCGACAAGCUCUACACAGUAGACUACGAUAGCAACAUAAUACCAUAUUUUGAUCCAGAUGUCAGCGUUAUAACGGACUCUUUCUCGACUAAGAUGUUAAAUUUGGGUAAAUACGAUCGUUCUUUGGCUGGCCUGCACUGCCUUAUGACCCCAGGGAGCAGUGGCCUAGAAGAUCUUGAUUGGCAAAGAGAGGAUUCAGAUUUCAAACCUAGUGGUAAUCCUUACACCACAAUUGUGAAGCCAAACAACAAMAAUUGUUAUUGGAAGCUUGUGCCACAUGGAAGUUACACGUACAGCAUURUAAAUAAAUACAAAUGCAAAGACAAGUACGACUAYUGUGGCUCUUUGCURUCAUGGACAAMAGUUGRUGAYAARGCCUAUGUKGACAUCKCCUCGGRUGACCCCGUCUUGUGGGAAAUUUGGGGCUAUGACUGGAGAUAUAUUCGAAACAAACAGGGUUGUGGCAAGACAAAAAGUAAAUGGUGCAACUACGACUUCAGGAUGGACACAAGAACAGUUUAUAAAAUGGGUGGUUUAUAUAGUCCUCCGUACCCAGUUAGUAAAAAAGUUGGACAGCUAUUGCCUUCAAAUGGCAAAUACUACUGGAAGACUAGAAGGGCGGCAUAAUGGCUGAUAUGGCUUCCACGCACGGAUGAUGAUUAGCAAUCCUGAUAAUUAUGGAUGCUUAUGUCAAUAAGGAUGAUAAUGAAUACUUACUGAAAAUUUGAAUCUUAUACAUGUAAUAAAAUUCAAACAUUCUGUAACUAUACAAAAUCUA